AUGCAUAAUCUCCUAGACUUACUCCAGGAGGCGAUUGGUAAAAAGUUACCUCAAAAAUCUUUUAUACUACUACUGACAUUAUGUACGCCAAACACAGAUGACGACAUCCAACAGAUAUUUCACUCAUCGUUGACUGAUGAACAAAUACAUCUUUUCGUGGAUUGGGCUGUAAGCUCACAAUCCAAUUGCCACAUGUUUUGGUCCAAUUUGAGCAAAGCUGAAGAGGGUAUCCAGGUGAGAUUUUUGCAGGAGGUCAGACGGGAAUUUAACCAUCGGGAUUAUGUGUAUCACGAGUUUACGAAAUACGUGUUUGAAUACUUGAACAAUCACACGUCUUCAACAGAUAUUGUCAAUGAAAUGAUUCAUUUGCUCGGUCUUAUGAAGGAAACAGACUCUGCUGAUUUUGUUGAAUUAUUUAAAUUGAUUAAAAAAACUGGAUACAACUUGCAACAAACAACGAGAGGUGUACUAACACCAGAACAAUUGAAUCAUUUGGCAGAAUUAAACUUGAUAGAAUCCGAGAGCUUUGAAAGCACACCAGAGGUUGGCGUGUCACUUGAUGUGACUAACAAACUCGAUACUUAUCUCGAAAUCAAGCGAAAACUUUGGAUUUACCAGAUAACUCGUGACUUUAACAAAUUACAACUUUACAACGAUACCAGCAAGUUCAUACGCCACUUCAAAACUUGUGUUGUAAACCAAGCGAACGAGCAUAUUGCCCAGGUGUUAAUGCAACUGUUUCCUUUUGAUGUCGAGGGGUUUCAUUUGUUUAAUGUGAAAAAUUUUAUUCUGACAAAAGUACCACAAAUAUUGGCGGAGUUACACGUGGGAAGUGACCAAUUGGCCGUACCUGAUCAAAUAAAACAGUUGUUAGUACCCAAGCCAGAACCUGAUCUAAAGAGAUUACGUGAUUUGUUAAAUACAGACCCUGAGUUGACUUCAUUUGAUGAAAGUGGACUAGUCGAUUACAUUGCCGAGUUGUCAAAAAGGGGCUCACAAGAGAAGGUGACCGAAACUGUAUUGGAUAGUAUGAGGGAAUUUAUACGGACAAAGCAAUUGGAGAAAUUGAAUCGAAUAUUGCUUGCUCUCAUGAGUAACAUCGAGAUGAUCAACAUCAUAUUGUUUCAUACAAAUAUGUCCCUAUUACAUAUUUUGAUAGACUAUGUUGAUUUUGAGACAUUCACCACUGGACUGGAUGAUGACUUCCAGGACGUUUACUCAUAUUGCAGUGUUUGUGUGCUUAGUAUACUUUUGAUUAUUGAAGUUUUCCAAAUCGACUUGUCCAAAAUAGAAAUCAAUUCUUAUUCCGUGGGGUUUGUGAAUAAUUUUUUCUACCGUUUGGGUGACAAUCUCACCAAUAAUACACCUUUGGAGAAGGAUGAAGAUGAUUUGACAAUUAUUGGAAACUACAACAAUUUGGUCACUGAAUGGAUUAAUGCACUUUUUGACGAUUCAAAUGAUGGACUUUCAGACGAAUUAAUGAAAAGCUUGAGUAUCAAGCAGAUUUAUAAAUUGAUGCCAGUUAUUUACAAACAAGCAAUUGUGGCAAGAAAGUUGGGCAAGAUCAACAAUGCGAUUUUGAGUAAUGGACUUGAUUAUUUGUCUCAACCAUUCCUCUUUCCCGUUAUUUCUUGUCUUGUGAAAUGGAUGGCAAGGGAUAGCACGGACACAGAAUUGUACAAGGAAGUGAUGUUGGAGUUAGUAAAGCCCAACAUUGGCCAAUCCACGAACCCCAUGUCCUACGCUAUAUUGAAUAUCUGUGGCAAUGAUGUAUUAAAAUUGGUCGAUGAUUACAGAAUCAGAAAGGUGAUUCAUUAUCGUGGAAAGGGGGUUGAGGAUGUUUCUAAUGUCUGGGAAAAGGUCAAAUAUUCUUCCAAUUUCGACCAAUUUGACUUACUUUUGCACAACAAGCGAGACACAAUACACUAUUUGAUCCGGGAACUGUACACUUUCCAAGAAACAAAAGAUGAGAAUAGUAAGCUUUUCAUCAAUUUGCUAGUAUCAAUGCUGAUCUUAGAUUCAAUAGAAACGAAAGAUGAUGUAGAGUAUUGGAAGCAAGAAUUGAACAAAACAUCACAAACACAGACUGAAGGUGGUAAUGGUAAUGGUAAUGGUAAUGGCGAAGAAUAUUUUUCGUGUACAUUAGAUUACCAUUUCUCGUCGAUAUUCAACGACGAUGUUGACAAGGAUAACGAUUCGGAUGAGCUUUUGAAUAGUAACAAUGACAACGACAACGACCAAGUCGACAUCGAGAUGAAAGCACCAUCGAGCGAGGAAAUGAGGACGGCACAGCGUCAAUUGGUUCUACGCGAUAGUUUGCUUUCACAUUUUCGAGCCAUAAAGGACAAGACUAAUCAUACAAACUUGUUUUACAAAACAGUGAAAAUUUUAACAGAUAAAAUAUUGGAAGAAUUGGACAAUUGGAAUUAA